AUGUCGGUGGACAAACUAUUUUCCAUUCGGAACUACUUCUUUUUGGGAAACUAUCAAUCAUGCAUCGGCGAGGCUCUGGUAAUUUUUUUUUGUGAUGUAUAAUUUAUAAGUUUCCAUUUUUCAGAAGUUCAGUACCAAGAAUGAGGACGAGAAAAUCGAAAAGGAUAUUUAUUUGUAUCGGUCAUUUAUCGCUCAAGGGCAGGCUUUCAUCCCUUUGAAAGAAGUUCGUUUUUAUGCUUCAUUAAUUUCAGUCUUUUUGUCGAAGAAGCGAGGUCAAAAAUGAAAGUUUAUUCUUCCAGAUCCCCAGCGAUACGAAGUCCUCAGCACUAGCUUCUGUAAGACGAUAUGCCGAGUAUCGUAAUGAUUCAAAGUCAAAGUAAUUUUUCAUCAAAUAACCAAAACGAAUAAUUUCUAUAAAUUCAGGAAACGAAUCACUUCGGAAGUUCAGUCGGAAGCGAGCUCUAGAUCUAUUAAAGAUGAAACUUCAGCAGUUUUGGCCGCGAUUAUUCUCAAUGAGAACGGAGUCAGUUUUUUUAAGCGAAAUAAUUUAAAUAAAAAAAUUAAGAAGUUGAAAUACCUUCAAAAAAAUUCGAAAGAGCUGCUUUUUCUUUUUUUUUUUUUUAACCAAAAAUAACCUUUUUACAGAACCCUGAAGACGCUUUUCGCGCGGUCGCCCGCUUCGACGGCAUCGAAGCUCGAACAACUAAGAUUUUCACAUUGGUUUUGAUGAACAAGAAAAAACUUGCUGCGUUAGUUUUUAUAAAUUAAAUUUCAACUGAUUUCGCACAAAUGAUCAUUCGAGGUCUUGAAUUCACUGUGAUGAACAUUAAAAAUUCAAAGAAAAAUCUUCAUUUUUUUUUUUGAAAUUUUAUUUGAAAAAGAGUUCUAAUCUUAACCUGUGUUAAAAAAACUUUCCUGAAAAAUUUUUAAAAAUUGUUUCAAGUAGUUUCAAGUAGUUCAAGUUAUUUGCGUCGUCCUAAAUUAAAUUCAUGAAAUUUUUCAAGUAAAUGGUUUCAGAUCUGAGCAGAAGAAACUGAACGCCGUCGACGAAGACGCGACUCUCACUCAACUUUCAAACGCCCUCGUCACGUCCGUUUCGGUUAUUUUUCUCUUUUUUUUUCCAACUUGUCAUAAACUUGAGCAUUAGGUAGAAGGAAGUAUUUUCGAAAACGGUAAAAAUCGAAGAAAAAACAUCGAAAAAACGGCACAAAGGCUUCCAAAUAAUAAUUUCUGGUAGCUUUCAAAGUCUGAAAGUUUUAAUAGGUUUUGAGUAUAAAAAAAUUGAUAAAGCUACAAAAAGAUACGUUUUUCUUCCUGGAAAAUCAGUUUUUGUAUUUUGUUCCGAGUUGUUAAAUCGAAUUUAAUAAAGAUUGAGCUUGAAAAUUGUGCCUGACCUCGAGGUUUUCAAAACUGAGGAAGAAAAUCGUAGUUAAAAAUAUUCGAAAAAAUAACAGUCUGACGUUGAGAAUAUAGAAAAAUGGUUCAUUAGAACAGAAAAAGAUUUAUUAUAUAUUAGGUCUUCUGAAGUACGAAAACAGGUUAAUAACAACUGGGUGGUUUAGGGAGGGAGCAAGGUGAAAGACGCGCUGUACAUCUACAACGAGAUGGCCGACAAGUACGGCCGGACGACGGAUCUGGAGAUGCACCAGGCGAUUGUCAGCAUCCUCACACAGGACUACGAAGCCGCCGAAGAACUUCUCAAUGUAACUAAUUUCCCAAUUUCUGUAAUUCUGAACCUUUUCAGAGUGCUAUGGAGCGAGAUUCCAGUGAUCCAGACGUCCUGAUCAACUCUCUGGUUGUGGGACAAUUUUUGGAAAAAGACGAUGUAAUUUCUUUUUCUUUCUGGAGCUUUGGUUCUUUAAAAAGCCGUAAAUGAGAUAAGUUUUAUUUCGCGUCAAUCGAUCAGAAAAAAAUAGGGUAAUUCAUGAAAUUAGGUCUUUUGUUGUUAAAUGCUCCUUUGUCUUAUCUUUUUUUUUUAAUGUUUCGAAUUUUGAGGGUUAUUUUUCACAAGUAGUAUUACUUGUACCGAAACUAGGUUUUUUGAGAGAUUAAGAAAGUUUCAAUUGAAAAUUAUCUGCUCUGGAGCAACUAUUAACUUUGGAAUACGUCAAAAAAAAAAUCUUUGAGGCUUUUCUCGUACUUUUUCAUUAUAAAUCCUUCUCUACCGUCUGAAUUCGAAAUAAAAUAGUUCUUUUUCAAGAACGCCGACCGGAUAAUCUCUCUUCUGAAGCACAGUCACGCCAACCAUCCCUGGACUGUCGACUACGUCAACAAAGAAGCCGAAUUCGACCGUUUGGUCGCUGAAAGUUCUGCUUGA